AUGAAAGGUCGGAGUCCUUCGCCAAGUCCUCCCGUCAAAUAUGGGCCGCAACAGGCCCAGCAACAAACCAAUGCCAAAGCGCUCUCUAGUUCACCUGUCACGGCCAGUUCACUACCGAAGACCAAGUCACCAACACCACCGCAGAGAGGCAGUGUGCCAGGUGGGGUCGCCAAGAAGCCCGCGCCAACUGCACCUGUUCCGCGUGCGAGUUUCUUAGGGGAGAAAGGCAUUAAAGGUACCAACGAGAAGAACAGCAACGCAGGCGGUGGUGCUGGAUACUUUUCUCACUCCGGGAAAGGGGGUGGAAACCCAUCUGCCGACCUGAGCUUUCGGGGGGGUGCAAGAGUGUCAUAUAUGAGCAAUGCACCGUCGUCAACCACGAAAGCCUCUGCGUCUGUGGCCACUGCCGGUAUGUCGCCAGGCAAUGAUGUCGGUAACUCGAUGCUUGGUAACCUCAAUAGGCCGUCUACGCUGGUUAACGCAACCUCCGAGAAUACAGCUGCUGGAUUAGCGGGAGAUGCCAACGAUACCAGGCAAAUCGCAGCGGAACGGGGGUUUAGCAAAUCACGCGCGGAUUCAUCAAAGUUAUCUAUGGGUAAACGAAAUGAAUCAACUCGAAACGAUGACAGGACACACGAUGAGAGUGACGAGAAUAUAGACGAGUCGGAAAAGUCGAGCAAGAAUCAGCGAGUGUACAAGCGUGGCCCCAAUAGGUCGAAAUCUAAAAGGUCUUACGAAGCUUUAUUCGAAGGGGAGGACGACGACGACGUUAAUUAUGAUGAUGAUGACGUUGUGAACACCCCUGAUGCUGAAACCCGGCCAAGCGAGAAGGAAGUGGAAGAAAAAACGACGAUAGAAAACGGUCGGUCUACUACGAAUAUGAAACCCAAGUCAGCCGCUAAACGGAAGGCGGAACCCAUCACAAGUAAAGUGAGAACCAAGACCCUCAAACCAGCCAAUGAUAGUGAUACUACUGGCGAUGAAAACAGUGCCAGCGAGGGUGAAGAUAGUGAUCCUGACGUGAAGCGCAACCGAAAAAGGAGGAAAUUUUCUGGGGCUGCUUCAGGCGACCACGUGAAAAUGGGUACGUCGACUGCGAGCGGCGCACAGCUGAUGCAAGUCAAAGAAUCGUCAGCAAAAUCGAACGAUGACACUGAGGAUGCUUCUCCAAGUCCAAAGAAAAGGAUAGGUCCAAAAUCGCGAACUAAAAAGCGGAGGAUACUCACCAGUGAUGUAUGUCCAAGUGAACAAACCAUGGAUUUAUCAGCAAAAGCUGAGCGUACUAUCUUACUCCUGGAGUUUAAAGACGAGGAAAGUGACAAUGAAACGGCGCGUGCAUCCAAUGCAGAGGAAAGCGAUAGUGACAGCGAGAGUGAUGGACCUCAAGAGUUCGACUUUUGUGAAUUAUGUGGAAAGGAUAGCGACGUCAAAGGAAACAAAAUUGUUGUGUGCGAUGGCUGUAAUAAGGGUUUCCAUCAAAAGUGUCAUAAGCCAGCUGUCCCGAAUGAGCUGCUAAGUGAAGCAUACGAGGAUGAGGACUGGUUUUGCUCGAAGAAAAAGUGUCAGAUGGCAUACCGCAACCAUGUUACACGCGUGGUUCCCGACCACUCGAUAUCAGCUUGA